AUGGCUAUAGGAGUCAAUAAAACUGAAGAAAUGUACACAACAGUUGGAGCUACGCUUGAAAAGAUGAACUCAUUAAUUAACGUGUGGAAUGUUGGAAAUGUCAAUAACGAACAAUUUAUCAACAAAUUUAAAGAAGAAAUUCUAUCAUUAGAGAAGAAAGUGAUCAAUAUUGCUCAACCCUCACCAGGAAAUUCUUCCUCAGCUAUGAGUUUGUAA